CACACUAAGGAUAAUAUCAUCAUCAUCACUUGUAGCUACAGCAGUGAUGUAGUUUUUAUCAUUUAUCUUGCAUAUUAUAAAUACUUAUACAGAUAUGUGGCUCACAUUCAAUCAAUUACUACCGCAAUUUGCUAGCUCAGUAAGAGCGACUGGAAAGAAAAAAAGGUUUUCACCGUUGUGCAUGGCCACACAAAUUUUAAAAGAAGUAUAAAAGUAUUAUUGCCGCAAACAUUUAGUGGACCAUGACACAAUUCUUCAGACUCCCUUACAUGGGACGAAAUCCACAACAGUCCUGGAUUCUCGAUUCUACUCUGUGAAUUCCAGGCUCUGGAUUCCUCGCCAGUGGAACUUGGAUUCCGGAUUUCGCAAGCAAAAAUUUCCCGGAUUCCGAAGUCCGCAUGCCGAGAUUUCUCAGAGUGUCGAAACGACUAUAGUUUCGUUUUCAAACACCACUUAUUGGGUCCAUGUCAGAAAUUCGAAUGUUUGAUU